AGUCGUCUGGCACCAGCAUCCUCCUUGCUGAUAUCUGCCUGUGUCUUCCUCUGUGCUCUUCGACACAGGUGUUGGGGGUGUGAUUUGCUGUGUGUGAUUGCAUUUUCCUUGAUUAUGUAAACGGGUGUCUUUUGCCAAGAGCUCUCCAUGCCCCGAAGCUCUGAGCUUGGUCCCUCCCAUCGGCUGACUUCAUUUCAUUUUUUUGGGAGGCGUAUUUUUCAAGUUGCAGAGCAGUAAUAACUGGCAGUGCCUCUUGGGCAUAAGGUACCUGGAGUUCAGGGACCCCCAACCCGUGACAAUGACAGCAGAUGAGUUGGUUUUCUUUGUGAAUGGCAAAAAGGUGAUGGAGAAAAAUGCAGAUCCAGAAACAACCCUUUUGGCCUACCUGAGAAGAAAAUUGGGGCUGAGAGGGACAAAGCUGGGCUGCGGAGAAGGCGGCUGUGGGGCCUGCACGGUGAUGCUUUCCAAGUAUGAUCGUCUCCAGGACAAGAUCAUUCACUUUUCUGCCAAUGCCUGCCUGGCUCCCAUUUGCUCCUUGCACCAUGUUGCCGUGACAACUGUGGAAGGAAUCGGAAGUACCAAGACGAGGCUGCAUCCUGUGCAGGAGAGAAUCGCCAAAAGCCACGGCUCCCAGUGUGGGUUCUGCACCCCCGGCAUCGUCAUGAGCAUGUACACGCUGCUUCGGAACCAGCCCGAGCCCACUGUUGAGGAGAUCGAGGAUGCCUUCCAGGGAAACCUGUGCCGUUGUACAGGCUACAGACCCAUCCUCCAGGGCUUCCGGACUUUCGCCAAGGAUGGUGGAUGCUGUGGAGGAAAUGGGAACAACCCAAACUGCUGCAUGAACCAGAAGAAAGACCACGAGCAGGUCACUCUCUCGCCAUCUUUAUUCAACCCAGAGGAAUUCAUGCCCCUGGAUCCCACCCAGGAACCCAUCUUCCCCCCAGAGUUGCUGAGGCUGAAAGACAUUCCGCAGAAGCAGCUGCGUUUUGAAGGGGAGCGUGUGACCUGGAUCCAGGCCUCCGCCCUGAACGAGCUGCUGGACCUCAAAGCGCAGCACCCUGAGGCCAAGCUGGUGGUGGGGAACACGGAGAUUGGCAUUGAGAUGAAGUUUAAGAAUCAGCUGUUCCCUGUGAUCAUCUGCCCAACCUGGAUCCCUGAGCUGAAUUCAGUGGAGCAUGGACUGGAGGGUAUCUCCUUUGGAGCCGCUUGCCCCCUGAACUCUGUGGAAAAGACCCUGCUUGAUGCGGUUGCUAAGCUUCCCACCCAGAAAACAGAGGUGUUCAGAGGCGUCCUGCAGCAGCUGCGCUGGUUUGCCGGGAAGCAGGUCAAGUCUGUGGCGUGCAUUGGAGGGAACAUCAUCACAGCCAGCCCCAUCUCCGACCUCAACCCUGUGUUCAUGGCCAGUGGGACCAAGCUGACCAUCGUGUCCAGAGGCACCAGAAGAACGGUUCGGAUGGAUCACACCUUCUUCCCUGGCUACAGAAAGACCCUGCUAGGUCCAGAGGAGAUACUGCUCUCCAUUGAGAUCCCCUACAGCAGGGAGGGUGAGUUUUUCUCAGCAUUCAAGCAGGCCUCCCGCAGAGAAGAUGACAUAGCCAAGGUGACCUGUGGCAUGAGAGUCCUGUUCCAGCCAGGAGCCACGCAGGUAAAGGAGCUGGCCCUUUGCUAUGGUGGAAUGGCAGACAGAACGAUCUCAGCCCUCAAGACCACGCAGAAACAGCUAUUGAAGUUCUGGAAUGAGAAGCUGCUGCAGGACGUGUGUGCAGGCCUGGUGGAGGAGUUGCCCUUGUCCCCAGACGCCCCAGGUGGCAUGAUUGAGUUCCGGCGCACCCUCACCCUCAGCUUCUUCUUCAAGUUCUACCUGACAGUGUUGCAGAAGCUGGGCAAAGAGGACUCAGAAGAUAAGUGUGGUAAACUGGACCCCACCUAUUCCAGCGCCACCUUACUCUUUCACAAAGACCCUCCGGCCAACAUCCAGCUCUUCCAAGAGGUGCCCAAGGGUCAGUCUGAGGAGGACAUGGUGGGCCGGCCCCUGCCCCACCUGGCCGCGGCCCUGCAGGCCUCUGGGGAGGCUGUGUACUGCGAUGACAUCCCUCGCUACGAGAAUGAACUCUUCCUCCGGCUUGUCGUCAGCACCCGGGCCCACGCCAAGAUCAAGUCCAUUGAUAUUUCAGAAGCUUGGAAGGUGCCAGGCUUUGUUUGCUUUCUCUCCGCUGAUGAUAUUCCUGGGAGUAAUGAAACUGGACUUUUUAAUGAUGAGACAGUCUUUGCAAAGGAUAAGGUGACUUGUGUUGGGCACGUCAUUGGUGCUGUGGUCGCCAACACCCCAGAACACGCACAGAGAGCCGCCCAUGGAGUGAAAGUCACCUAUGAGGAUCUUCCAGCCAUUAUCACGAUUGAGGAUGCUAUAAAAAACAAUUCCUUUUAUGGAUCUGAGCUGAAGAUUGAGAAAGGAGACCUCAAGAAGGGGUUUUCGGAAGCAGAUAAUGUUGUUUCAGGCGAGUUGUACAUCGGUGGCCAAGAGCAUUUCUAUCUGGAGACUCACUGUGCCAUUGCUGUCCCGAAAGGCGAGGCAGGGGAGAUGGAGCUCUUUGUGUCCACACAGAAUACCAUGAAUACCCAGUCCUUUGUUGCAAAAAUGUUGGGGGUUCCAGUAAACCGGAUUCUGGUUCGAGUGAAGAGAAUGGGAGGAGGCUUUGGAGGGAAGGAGACCCGGGGCAUCGUGAUGACUGUGGCUGUGGCCCUGGCUGCAUACAAGACUGGCUACCCGGUGCGCUGCAUGCUGGAUCGUGACGAGGACAUGCUGAUAACUGGCGGCAGACACCCCUUCUUGGCCAGAUACAAGGUUGGCUUCAUGAAGACGGGGAAGAUUGUGGCUGUGGAGGUGGAUCACUACAGCAAUGCCGGGAACAGCCAGGACCUCUCUCUCGGUAUAAUGGAACGAGCUCUACUCCACAUGGACAACAGCUAUAAAAUCCCCAAUGUCCGGGGCACUGGGCGGCUGUGCAAGACCAACCUGCCCUCCAACACGGCCUUCCGGGGCUUUGGGGGGCCCCAGGCAUUGUUCAUUGCCGAGCACUGGAUGAGUGACGUCGCGGUGACCUGUGGGCUGCCUGCAGAGGAAGUACGGAGGAAGAACCUGUACAGAGAAGGGGACCUGACACACUUCAACCAGAGGCUUGAGGGUUUCAACUUGCCCAGGUGCUGGGAUGAAUGCCUGAAGAGCUCUCAGUAUCAUGUCCGGAAGAGUGAGGUUGACAAGUUCAACAAGGAGAAUUGUUGGAAAAAGAGAGGAUUGUGCGUAAUUCCUACCAAAUUUGGAAUAAGCUUCACAGUUCCUUUUCUGAAUCAGGCAGGAGCCCUGAUCCAUGUGUACACAGAUGGCUCUGUGCUGGUGAGCCACGGGGGCACAGAGAUGGGCCAAGGCCUUCACACCAAGAUGGUCCAGGUGGCCAGCAGAGCGCUGAAGAUCCCCACCUCUAAGAUCUAUAUCAGCGAAACAAGUACUAACACUGUGCCUAACACCUCUCCCACGGCUGCCUCUGUCAGCACCGACAUCUACGGACAGGCCGUCUACGAAGCCUGCCAGACCAUCCUGCAAAGGCUGGAACCCUUCAAGAGAAAGAAUCCCAGUGGCUCCUGGGAAGACUGGGUCAUGGCUGCCUACCGGGGUACAGUGAGCUUGUCUGCUACCGGGUUUUACAGGACACCCAACCUUGGCUACAGCUUUGAGACAAACUCAGGGAAUGCUUUCCACUACUUCACCUAUGGGGUGGCUUGCUCUGAAGUGGAAAUUGACUGCUUAACAGGGGAUCAUAAGAACCUCCGCACAGACAUCGUCAUGGAUGUUGGCUCCAGUCUGAACCCUGCCAUCGACAUUGGACAGGUGGAAGGGGCAUUUGUCCAGGGCCUGGGCCUCUUCACCCUGGAGGAGCUACACUACUCCCCUGAGGGGAGCCUGCACACCCGUGGCCCCAGCACCUACAAGAUCCCUGCAUUCGGCAGUAUCCCCACUGAGUUCAGAGUGUCCCUGCUCCGUGACUGUCCCAACAAGAAGGCCAUCUAUGCAUCCAAGGCUGUUGGGGAGCCGCCCCUCUUUCUGGGCGCCUCCAUCUUCUUCGCCAUCAAGGAUGCCGUCCGCGCAGCUCGGGCUCAGCACACAGAUAAUAAUACGAAGGAGCUUUUCCGGCUAGACAGCCCCGCCACCCCGGAGAAGAUCCGUAAUGCCUGCGUGGACAAGUUCACCACCACCCUGGUAUGAUGCCCCCUCAGUCUGGGGAGGCGGGGCAUAGGCUGGGGAAGGUUCUGUUGCAGAGAGAGGGGUGAGACAGUAGGCUCUCUCUCAACUGGGAAGCCUUGGGUCCACGCCCGCCCUCUGCUAUGCAGUUGAGGUACCUCCUGCAACCUGCAGGAAAAUAACAAGAAACCCUUAAAGCUGCAGCUUGCAGCUAGGCCUCCUGAGAGGAAGGAGGGCUGUUUGAUGCACAUUUAUCACCCACAGAUUUCAUUGUUUUCCAUAACGAUGAGGGUGAUGGAUAAAACUCCAGAAGAGCCUAAUCUUUUGUGUCCAUCACUGGCAUUUUUGAGACCCUUCUUUGUUAAACACACUGUGUGAGGUACUAAGGAAAUGGAGAGAAAAAGAAGAAUUAAUGAAUGAAUGAGAUGGAACACAUAUGUUCUGUGAUUACCCUGUGCCAUGCUGAUACUGGGGACACAUAAGUGCCCUUGAAGAGUUUGCAGCCUUUUAGGAAACCAGAUGAUUGCACUACGUGGUGAUCGGUCACUACCUUGGAGGCGUGUGUAGCAGUGAACUCCACGGUCGCUGGAAUCAUUUUGGGGAAGCCCCUAUGUGAUACUUGUGGAGACAAUGCCUGGCAAAAGGAGACUGUGCCAGGACAGUUUCAUCCACUGGUGGAGCCUCAGAAGCAGCCCAGUCUCUGAGUUGGGCUGAAGUGGGCCCUGCAUACACAGGACUCUCCAAUUGCCUUUGCAGCCUCUACUGAGUUAGCAGAACUGGAUUCUUCCUGAUACCCAAGUUGGAUUUCCUCUUGGAUAUUUGAUAGGAAAUUUGAUAGGCCUUUUGGGUUUCAAGAUGAAGUGGGUACUCAUGAACCCAGAGUUCCUGGGAUGGGAAGGGUACAGGAGAAGCCCCGGGGGCAGGCAAAUCCGCCAUCAGUACUGAGCGUGAGGAAGGAAGAUGGGUCCCCAGUCAGGCUGCCCUUUAGGUUUUCCAGUAGAUUUAGCUUCAGGGUGAGGACCACACAGCCCAUGCGCAGGGCUCCCAGGCAGUGAGAUGCCCACGCCUGUGCAGCAACCUUCCCAUAGCCCAGAACCUCCCCACCGUGGCCCCAGUGCUGACAGUUACCCAAACCCCAUUCUCAGAGGGCAGAGGUGCUGCAUGGCUCCCAGGAAGCGCACACAGAUUGCAAAGUUAGCUCCUUGUAUAUAAACUGAUGCAGAACUCAACGAUUUGAUGAGCCCCUCCUCUGAGGCCCUAGACCUAAAGCAGAGUUUCAAACCUAAGCCCCUUUGUGAUGCCACAACACCCAGGUGAUUUUAAAUCCCUGCAGUGGAUUUGCAUGAGCAGCUGAUCCAGGAGUCAAGUGUGCUUUUGAAGGACUGUGUCACAUGACAAAGGGCCCCUUCUCUAGUUGGUCAUCCCUGGAUCUCCAGAGCCUGCCACAGUGCUUACCACAUGGAACGUGCUUAAUAAAAAUAAACGAAUGACUAGGAAAUUAAGGGGUCCUGCCCUGGGGGCACUCCCAACAUCUGGGACUGCAGAGUGGUGUCUGGUCUUGGAAUGGUGGCUGGCACUGGUGAGCUAUGUGAAGACCCUGCAAUAAGUUCCCUGUUGUUCCUUCCUAGUGUGUCACUGAUGUACCAGAAAAUUGUAAACCCUGGUCUGUGAAGGUCUGAAGAAAAAAGCCCCAUUGGAGUCUUCUUAUCCUACAGUGGGGAUUCCAUGGAAGAUGACACUUGCUCUGCAGAACAUGAACUUAUAAAACUUGCAGGAUGACAAUGGUGUGAUUCAUCAGGACGGUGUUUGGAAGAACAUUGAAUGCAUUGGAAGAUUUUGAUCAAAAAUAUGAUUUAUACAAUGAUAAGCAAAUUCAGAAAUGUUAGGCCCAAGUGGCUAAUAGGCAAUUAGCAUCAUUUCAUGUCUGUUGUAAUCACGUAUUUGAAAUAGAUUUAGGAAGUGUUUGUGCUAUGUCCCAACUCACUGGACAGCCUGUAUAACCUCAAGUGUUGACAGCAUCUGUUCUUCAAAGAGGAUUUCCACAAACCUCCAGAGGCGUAAACCAAAGUAACUCUGAAUCUGUGAGCCUUCCUCAGAAAGCUUUUCCUUCAAACCAGUGAGCGCCAUAUUAUAACCUCAUAUCCACACUCAGAUUUGCAAUGGGACAGUGGGGUGAGAUUCAAACCUCUAAGCACUUCAUGGGAGAGAAUAAAGAAUGGAACAAAUUCAAGGUUAAUUGGAUUUAAUCUUCUUAAGCUGCAUAAAGUAAGAUUAUUCUAUAACACCAAAAGCCAACAAACCCAGUUAUUGAGUACCUACAAUGCAUUAGCUUCUUCCUCUUUGUGCAUUAAAAAAAGAUCAGGUUUAAAAAUCUUCAGCUGAAGCCAGUAGUUCUCAUCUACAAAUGAGGCUACUCGAAUCAAGAUAGGCCAGAGAAAAAACAGUCAAGGAGCCUGGGUUCUCAUCCCAGCCAUGUCUCUAAUUAUGUUUGUGACCUUAGGCUGUCACUUCCCUUUUCUGUGCUUCAUUUUACUGCAAAAUGAAAGGAUUGGACUGGAAUAAUCUCUUAAGGUCUUCUCUGGAUCUAAACGUCUAUAAAUAUAUGACCUAAAAACUCCAGUUACAUAAGGGAACUGCAGCACUCAGAGACUUGGUUCCCUUACUGUGAUGUGCUAUCUGGGCUUCAUGAACUUGACUUAAAUCCCCCCAAGUGUCUGAGGUUGGAAAAGAGAAUAGGAGAAAGGCAAGCAUCCCCUCUGCUUGUUCUGACGGGUGAUUUCAUCACCACCUGGUGCUAGGUGGACAGUGUGACCUUGUCAUGUGCCUUCACUGUAUAAAAUAUCCAACAUUCUGCUGGAUGGGAUCCACGGUUCUGGCCACAGGAGAAGGAUAGUGUAAACCACGCAGCUGAGCCCGGCGCUUGAUGUCACCAAUAAAUGAAACCGUCAGCUGGUUGGCAUGUGAGAAAUGCUUCUUCAUCAUCAUAAUCACACCAGAUGCUGACAUCUGCCAUAUAUUAGCCAACCUUCAUUGCUAGAGAAUGCACACACCAAACACUCACAUCUAUACACACACACACACACACACACACACACACACACACACACUUUCUUACAAAAUUCCUUUCUUCAGAAUAUUCUAGACUUUUACAGCAUGAUUAAAACUGAAGAGCUUUAGAAAUAAAACCGGUAUUUGCACUGAGAUCCACACAGUUCCGUUUCAUUGAUUUUCUGGAAUGUUCUAGGACAUGGCCUGAAACUGAGAUGUGUCUGUCAGCUGUUAGUAGUCUAUCAGGGCUGAACAAUGACUGAAUUCCCUCUGAGCUUAGGAACAGAGGCAAGGCAGGGUGGUCGUGAAAAUCAAACAGGCAAGUGCUUUGUGAGCUGUAAGUCACCGUGCUAUUCCGAGGUGUUGCCUUCCUCAGACACCUGGCCUUGCCUUGUUGUCUUAUCUGUAAACUGCUUCAACUCUGUAAAGUGAGGGUCCUUGGGCUUGGUGUUGCACAGGGGAUGCCAGCACUGACUGCAGUAUCUCACUGCAACCUGCAGAGGGCAGUGGAAGACUGGACAUGAGACCAUAGUCUCCAGCUGGCCCAGCAGCGUUGCGUCCGCUGCAGGUUAGUUACCGGGGAGCUGAUUUUACUGCCUCAGGAUAAACCAGGUGUCUUCAAAGGUCUCUUCAAGAGCCAGAUUUGAAGCUGAUUUAGCGUUUCAGACUGAAGAAAUCUCCUCAAAGGAGCUCUCAGAAGACAUGGGUCAGCUGUGGGAGUCUGAACUCCUGGUGAAUGGCUGGCAGGGGAAGGCAGGUCUUACUUUCUCAGCAUCUACAACUUGCCAGGUGCCAAUUUUCAUGUUUUACAUACGGCGUCUCAUUUAAUCAUCCCAGUGGCCUUAAGAAGUAGUACUUUAAUGUCUGUAACGACAUGAAGAAGAAACCCUACCCACAGCCGUGUGGUAAACGGGCGUUUACUCCCGGAAGACAAGCUGCGACUGAGCCAUGGAGGCAGGGAAACCUGGCAUAUACCGGGAGUCCAUCUGCCUGUCAGAGUGGACCCGUGCUACUCAGGCUCCCAGAGGUUGGACGAGGCCCCUGAUCGCCUAUCUGUUCGCCUGUGUGCAGGUUAGGACUCUCACAGGGGCACGGCCAAGCCGUGGACUGUGGUCAGAAGGCAGUGAUGAGCUUCAAUCUACUGCAGCUAAAAGGUGGCUGGGGAGCCAGGACGGGGAGGACAGGAUGGAUGGAGGUCGUAGGAGGAACCGUGGGCAAGGGAUAAGGACAGAAAUAGUCCUAGCUGAUGGAUUUACGACUGGGAACAUCCCCGGGCCCACGGUAUUUUUAUCUUUAGCGGAGGGGGAGCCUGGAAACCAUUCCCUUUGCUGCCUAUUUUAGAUCCUGGGACAAGGCUGUUCGGAACAUGCAGCUUCCUUGACCUGCUGAGGCUUGAUGUCGCCCUGGGGCCCCCCAGGCCCAGGGACCUGUCCUUUUGUUUUGUCUCUAUCCUGGACUGGGGGAGUACAUGCCCCCAAGGCAGGAGACAGAUCCUGUGACAAUCUCAUCACCUGAAACAAAGCAGCCCACCGAUGGGAAUGGAAAUGUCAGGAACCGCCCGAAGGGUUUUUGGCAUCACCUCUGUCCUUGAACUGGCCUGGCCCUGACCUUGUCCAAUCUUCUAGACCGACUCAGCAUCCUAGAACUGGAAAGAACUUGGGAACCAUCAAACUCAAGCUUUUUGUUUAACAGCCAAGAAUCGUAAGCCCAGAGAGGGUAACUGACUUGUCUACUGUCCCACAGCACUUUAGUGGGAGAGACAGGCUUAUGACAAGGCUGCCUGACUCCUGGUCCAGAUGCUUUAAACUAAAUCAUACAUCCACUAGUCAAGCGAGCCUUCUCUUAGGCAACCUUUGGGUCAAAUUGUGGGGAAAAUGAUAGAAUUCUAGUCACGUGGGGUGGGAAGACGAUAUGGACAGCUUGGAGCCCAAGACAAACACUGUGCCCUACUGUCGCCUGUGCUCUAGGACAGGGUGCUGCAAUUGGAAUCCUUCUGAAGCUCCACAGGUGGGAACAAAACAGUAAGUGCAAAACAACCCCUUGUUCCAAAGUGAUGGGCUAAGUCACCUAUGCGAGACUUGCAGAGGGGCUUGGCUGGAAACGGACUUUGCUGCCUUUAGCUCAUCACCUACCUCAGGGAGUAAAGAAAUGAAAUACAGAGUUUGAGAUAUUGGAGAGAGAGUAUGUCUUUGAAGACAGCAAGAUGUAUAUCCUCCUUGUUACAGAGAAAAGAGGGAGGGAGGAAGGGAUGGAGAGAGAGAGAGACUGUGUAUGGGGCAGCAUUUUCCCCCACCAGGUCAGGGGAAGGGGAGCUUCAAGGGUCCACUCAGAGACCCACAUCCUGAGAGCUUCUUGAGCGGCUGUGGUUUGGAUCAGCCUGAGGCAGCAGAGCAGCAAGAGGAAGUGGGUGAGAGCGAGUUACCCAUCCUCCAGUGUCAGGGCAAGGAUACCAGUGUGGCCACACUGGAGGAAGCCACCCAGGAGGACUGCCUGGAGGGGGUGAUGUAAUCCCAACAGAGGGAGAGACCAUUUUGUGCCUAGGGAUCAAACUAGCCUCCGGUUAGCUUGCUCCAGGGUGGCCCACUGGAGCACCCUUCCGAGUGCUCUACUGUGCCUUUGUGAUGGCCCGAGCCUGAGACCUGAGAUUUCUCACUCAGAAGUCUUUCCUGAGAAUGAGCCCUGAAUGUUGGGGGAGGGGGCUUAAGCAGCCCAGGCUGCUCCCACUGUUCUGAUGCAUUCAGAACACCAGCCCUAGAAGCACAGAGCGCGUUUCUGAGAGUCUGGGCAGCGUGUGGCUUGCUGCCUUUUCCUCCUGCCUGCCCAUCUCCAUCACACCCUAGCGGGGCUGGAGACCAGGGCCCUUCCUCCGUGCAGCCAAUUGUCCUCACCCAUCAACAGCGUUGAACUGACCCAUGCAUGUGCCCUGUGUUCUUCCUCCCGUGAGAUGUGUAUUUCCUGGGGUCCUCCUGUCCAUGUGAUGUACUGGAGGGAGGCUGCCUUUCCUUGCUUCCCACCAAGGCUGGAGUGAACACCUGCCCUGGGCAGUGGCACCAGCAUGCCUCAGGCAUUGCUUGGCUAUUUAGGAACUGAGUGUGGGCGGGCCAAGCCCCUCUGCUUCUCCUCUUCUUCCUCUCUCUUGGGCAAGUCACUUAGUCACUCAACCUCAGUGUUUUCAUCUGUAAAAUGGGCUUGAAUAAUCAUACCAACCCUGCAAGAAAAUUUUAUUUCUAAAUGGACAUGCAUGAGGUAUCCACCGCAGCAUGGGGAAUUGUCCUUCCUGCAAAAAAAUUAUAAAUGGAGAUACUCGACUUUGGUACUUGCUCCUAGUCCUUUAUCAGACCCACAUAAUUAUUUUGUACUAUAGUUUCUUAAAGCAUUUCUAUGUGCUGAAACAAUUAUACACAGAAGUGGAACAUCUUGUCUAUUACUCAUGUUUUGAGUGUUGUGUUUAUAACCAGAUACACUUUGAAUUUGUUUGUUUCCCUGUGGAGGGUCUGUUUUUCCUUUAAGAACUUUUUUCUUAAAUAAAUUCAAUUACAAUGUAUACCAAAUAUAAGUAAUAUGGAGAAAAAUAAAAGACACAUAUAUACUUCCCACCCAGUUCUAAAAAUGUUUGUUUCCCCAUAUUUGUUUCUCAUGCUUAAAAAUGAAUAAGUACAGCUGAAGCCUCCCAUUUCAUUCCACCCCCGCCCUCAGACUUGCCUCUCUGCCUUAAGGUAGUCAAUAUUCUAAGGUUGGUGUGUAUCCUCCCCCUUCAUGUUUUUAUAUUACAUGUGUAUUCAUUCACAGGCAACGUACAGUAGUUGUGCAUGAAUGUGUUUCAAAAGUCAUACCCAUCAACCACCAGAAUGACUAAAAUUAAAAAGACUAAAAAUUCAAGUGUGAAUAAGAUGCAGAGUAACUGGAACUCUCACACACAGCUAGGAAAGUAAAUUGGUAAAACCCUUGGGGAGAACUACUGAGAGUCUCUACUUAAAGCUGAAAGUCUGCAUACCCCCUGCCAGGAAUUGCUGAGCUUAUACCUCAGAGAAAUGCAUGCACAUAUGCACCAAAAAAAAAGUCCCAGACUGAUCAUAGGAGCACUGCUUGUAAUACCUCCAAACUAAAAACAUCCCAAAUGUAGAUCACCAAUGAAAAGCAUAAAUUAUCGUGGCACGUUCCUACAAUGGAAUCCUAGCAUAGCAAAGAGAACGAAUAAACUAUAGCUACAUGCUUCAACAAGGAUGCGUCCCCCAAACAUAAUAUGGAAUUAAAGAAGCCAGACAGGAAACAAGUACACACUUUGUAUGUAUAUGAUCCCAUGUAUAUAAAUUUCAAAAAUAGGCAAAACCAAUCUAUAGGAUUAGAGGUUACGCGAGUAGUUACCUUUGGACAGGGGUAGUAACUAGAGUAGAGCAAGGUGGAGGAGACAUCUUCUGGGAUAUUUGUUAACGUUCUAUUUCUUAACCUGGGUGUUGGUUACAAGGGUGUGCCGCUUGGUGAAAAUUCAUUGAAUGGUUCAUUAUGAUGUGUACAUUUUUAUGUAUGUAUAUUGCUCUUCAAUAAA